GAUUGGAAAAUGAUAGAAGUAUUGUAAAUUAAAGUUUCUACCAAAUUAUACAGCUGAUACCUCAUAAAAAUAUACAAAUUACUCUAAUCCCUACCAAUUUAGUUUAAUCUUUUCUAAACUAAACCCCCCAAGGAACGCAUGUGCUCUCUCCUCUGUGUUAUGCCGUUGCUUUCACGUCCUUUGGCCAUUAACGUUUACGAAUCUUGGUUAAUAUGGAAAUGAAAACAAGACAAGAUGUAGUAAUUAUUAUCAAAACAUUAAUAAAAUGCUUGAAUGAUUCAUCAAGUGGUAUUCUAUAUAAGAUGUACAACACAUGUAUUAAAGCAAUAUUUUGCAUGAAAGAUUCAGGAAAAUACAGUUGUCAUGGAGAGAAACUAUAUAUAUGUGCAAGCAGAAUAAACAUCAAAUUAGAGUGACUGAAAAAACCAGAAGGAGAUGAAAAAAAGUAAAAGCAAAAGAAAGGAUCCAAGGCCAAAGCUGUCCGAGUCAGUAGAAGUUGUGGAGGCCGGAGAUGGUAAAAGGAGAAGAGAAGGGAUCCAUGGAGAAGUCCAAGAAGAAGAUAAGACAUGUAGAAGCAAAAGGACAAGUAAGAGUAAGAUCCCUACGAUGAAUGUUCCUGUUUGUAAGAUUGGUAAUAUGUAAUCUUCUAACAGAGAGAUAAGGAAUGAGCCGCAUAAGAACCAUCCGAAGAGUACCACAAGCACAAGUGGAACUAUUGGCGAUGGCCCUUUGCUCUCCAUGUUUUUUGCUAUUCUCUCUUAAGUCUUAGUUGGUGUUGAAUGAAAGAGAUGGCCAUUUUACAAAUCAGAAUUUGCAGUCGUGAUUAAGUUUUUAAAUACG